AUGUAUACUGUAUUCAGCCCAGGAGGCAAAGAUUGCAUUGGGGUAAAGAGGAGAUCGCAGAUUGUCGCGAUAUUCGACACCAUAGGCAACGGUGCUGUCUUCGACGAGGAUGGCGCGACGAGGCUGUCGUACAAUCAGAUUGGAGGAAUUUGGAGGGAUAAUCCUACAGGACUGCCGUUGAUGUGGAAGUGGGACAUCUACGAAAAGAAAUCGAUAACCAAGAUCGUACACGUGGAGAAGCCAGCAAUACGUAUAGAGAAGUUGCUGUAUGCGUCGACGAAAAGAAUGUCAAAAAGAACCGAAAGUGUCAAAGUAUCAACGCCGCCUGUGAGUACGCGAAAUAAGGAGAAGAAGGUCGAGGCGCUGAAACCUGUUGGAGGGCACGAAGAAGAAGAGGUCGAAUCCGGAUAUAACAUUCAUGGAAUUCAUCCUGAUACCUGCCACUUUAAACCGAUCUGCUUAAACUUGAACGAUUAUAUCAGUUUAAGAAUUUUAAAUCGAAGGAAUAUUGUUCUUCAGUUCCACGCAAAUAAGAAGAAUAUCAGGAUAGAGUUGGGUACGACCUUAAAUUUGAACGAGCAAGUGGGAUCUUAUUUCGUGGACGCGAGCCUAAAGCAUGAUAUAACGAAGUGCAAAUUCGAGAAACUGCUGCCAUCUGGUUUAAAGCUGGACAGUAGCAUGCACGACAUAGCCGAGGAGUUCCAAAAAGUUAGAAAAUCAGCGAAGCAACGUAAAUUCAUGAUAACUAAGUAUAGACCAUACUUGCGUACCUGGAAAAUGUCAGGAACUAGAUGUCGUCCACGAUAA